AUGGCGCUUUCUCAAGGGAGUGUAAUAAUUGUUAGCUAUCUAAGGGAAUUUGUUUUAAAAUUGUUUGUUUCAAUCGCGCCGAUAAAAAAUGAUUUUAAAGAGAUAAGGAUGAUUCCCAGACUUGGACAAAAUUUUAUUUUUCUUUUCUCUUUUUUUUUUUGUAAAGGAUUGGAAUGCACGCGGACUUUGUUUUUGUACAGUAUCCUAUCUCUUCUCAGGGAAAAUAAAAAGUGGAUUUUUUAG